AUGCUGCUGGGUGCUCUGGCCACUGGGUCUCGGGCCCUGUGGGUCUGCACCGGAGACGAAGUUCCUGCAGCCAGAACCCCCUCCACGCUUUGUGUCUUACUGCCCCUUCGGACUAGGAUGGCCGUGGCUGGUAGAAGGACUGCCUACAUCGGUGCUGAAACUAAUGCCUCGUUUCUUCCUAGGAGAGGGCUCUGGACUGCAGGGCAGGAGGCCCGAGCUCUGAUCUCAGUGUGCAGCCAGUCAGUCUGUGCCCUGGCUCCUCACCUGGAGAAGGGGCUCGUGAUGCCUGCCUGCCUGCCUGCUGAGGGCAUGCUCAGCGAGGGGGCUCGUGAUGCCUGCCUGCCUGCCUGCCUGCUGAGGGCAUGCUCAGCGAGUGUGAGAGGAGACAGAGCAGCUGCUCUGAGUCCCGGGGCGGACCUCACAGCCUUGCUCCUGUGUUCUUUCUGCAGCCGCAUCAAUGAGAAGUCCGUCUGGUGCUGCGGCUGGCUCCCCUGCACACCGCUGCGGAUCGCGGCCACCGCCGGCCAUGGCAACUGUGUGGACUUCCUCAUCCGCAAGGGGGCAGAGGUCGACCUGGUGGACGUCAAGGGGCAGACCGCCCUGUACGUGGCUGUGGUGAACGGGCACCUGGAGAGCGCCCAGAUCCUCCUGGAAGCUGGCGCAGACCCCAACGGCAGCCGGCACCACCGCAGCACCCCCGUCUACCAUGCCGCGCGCGUGGGCAGGGCCGACAUCCUGAAGGCGCUCAUCAGAUACGGGGCCGACGUUGACGUCAACCACCACCUGACUCCUGAGGUCCGGCCCCCUUUCUCCCGGCGGCUCACCUCCCUGGUGGUCUGCCCCCUGUACAUCAGUGCAGCCUACCACAACCUCCAGUGCUUCAAGCUGCUCCUCCAGGCGGGGGCGAACCCCGACUUCAACUGCAACGGCCCUGUCAACACACAGGGCUUCUACCGGGGCUCGCCUGGCUGCGUCAUGGACGCUGUCCUGCGCCACGGCUGCGAGGCGGCCUUUGUGAGCCUGCUGGUGGAGUUCGGAGCCAACCUGAGCCUGGUGAAGUGGGAGUCCUUGGGCCCAGAGUCGAGGGGCCGGAGGAAGGUGGACCCCGAGGCCCUGCAGGUCUUUAAAGAAGCCCGAAGUAUCCCCAGGACCCUGCUGGGCUUGUGCCGCGUGGCCGUGAGACGGGCUCUUGGCAAGUACCGACUUCAUCUGAUUUCCUCGCUGCCUCUGCCAGACCCCAUAAAGAAGUUUCUGCUUUACGAGUAGGAGGAAAACGGAGGCGUUGGUGACAGGCAGGAAGAAGACAUGCUGUGGUGACAGGGGCUGCUCGCCCUGUGACCCACAUCCUGUGCUCCGAUUGUCCCCUCUGGCUGUGGCUGAGAAGAAACGACCUUGUUCUUGUGGGUUGUCAUGCCACCUCAGGUGCUCGGGGCACUGGACUGUCCUAGGUCAUUGUCACCCAAGAGGCCCGGACAGAAGUUAACUUUGUUCCUCUUGACUAUGCCUCUUCUGGAUUGUCACAGUUGCAUAUUAGUGAAGUGGGCCGUGAGAUGUGCACAGGUAUGGCGAGGUUGGAGGCCUGCUAAUAUUCCCAGUAGGGAAGACAUUUAGCACUUUCCAGAACUGUGCUUUUGUUCAUACUUCUGCUUCCAAUCGUAACUGCCCGAGGAACACCUGCUCCCCAGUCUCUCCUUGAACGGGGAGUUCUGGUGGCAAGAAGUGGGGAACAGAGAUGCAGCUCAUGAGCUCUCAGGGCCGUUUUCCCUGCUGCUAGGAGUCAGCGACAGGUGGCACGUGUCAUACUUCCCCCCCACCCCCGCCGCGUCGGGGUUCUCUCCUUGUGGUGGGAUGUUGGAUCAGUUGUCUCUGUUCACGGAUGGCUUCACGGCUGCACAGGCUGACCACGCUCCGGCAGUCGACGCAUGCAUUUGUGCAGACUCGGAGGAGACGACAGAGCGGAGGCCCCGGGCUGUGCGUUCGGUGCCUGGCCGUGUGCCCACGGGCCUCCGGGCUCUGCCUGCCAUCGUAGGGAGUGUUCAGACGUGGUUGGUUUGGGGAGGCCCACGCCGGACUAGCCGGGAAAUGACUGCCUGCAACUGGACCAAGGACCGUCCCAACAGCACUCACUGCCAGCUCUAAGGAGAAAACGUCUGCGGCCUGUGUCCUGGACCUGAACCUAUCGAGAGUGGAAAGUCCCAUCAGCUGUCGUGGUCUCAUGUCUCCCUCGCCCCGUGUCCUGGGCACAGAACGCCUGGUGGCUGCUUGAUUGCUCUUCACCUUUUCGGGCCUAAGUAUCUUGGUAUCCACUCACAGAAUCUAAGAAAGGGACCAGAAGUGAGGCAGAUGCCUCCGGCUGCCCCGCCUGGGGGAGGUGGGACAUCUGGCUUGGUGGUCGGCCAGACGCCUUUGGUUGUGUGGGCUCUCCAUGAAGGGCUUCCUGUCACACCCAGGCUGCUUGGUCACCAGCACGGGGCAGGGGAUGUCUGAGCACUCCCGUGUAGUCUUGUAAUUUGAAGACUGUGAGGACCACUGAGUGGUCCUCGUACUUCGGAAGUGUUUAGAACAGCAGGUUUCAAGUCUGUGUGUAGAUUUUUCUGUAGUAAGAGGAAUUCAAGAUGCAAUUUCACGUCCUUCCGUGUGCCAGCUGGUCAGACAGUGAUAGCGCUGCACAGCUCCUCCCUCCCCCAUACACCCGUGCUGUAGACAGCUCUGCCGGGACGCCCAGGCUGACUCUUGUGUCUGUGCGUGAAGGUCUGGGGGUGGGGGGGGUCACUGGGUGACUCAGGAAGACUGAACACUGUCAGCUGAAAUGUUGCUAUCUGAGCUGUGACAGCUGUGUAAAUGUGAGGUUGACUCCUGG